AUGGCUGCAUCUUCUGGCCAACUCCAAAAUGUGAAAGACACAUGGAACGUCAACAGUCCGACUUCUCACGAGGUUUUUUGUUUUCACUUGUUUUAUCCGUCUAAAGCCGUGACUGUCGACAACAAUCUUUAAUAGUAAGGGGCAGAUUGAUGGGGUACAAUACAAGACAAUAGCAACAAUUAUAUGGAGUAUCUUUCUUCGGAGAAUUUAUUGAUCAUUGAAGGUUUCCUGGAUUGAAACAAGAAACUCAGUGUUACAAGCUUUUUACGCACAGACUGGGUUUGUUUGUUUGUUUUCAAACCCAUAACUGUUUGAUUAUUUUUUUACUUCCGAUGUGAAUUAAAUAAAGGAAGCAUGUAUCAUAUCUUUCCUUGUUAUUCUUCACUUGAUUUGUGACCAUUCAUUUUCAGUAAAAUUAGUGAGUAAAUUUGUGGCAAAUUUUUAUCCCCAAAAAAUUCAGGCCUAAAGGGUUAUAGAAAUAACCUAUAGCUUUGACUGGACCUUUACUGUAGCAAAAUAUGGCUCGGGAUGUUUGCGCUUGUCGUUAAUUUAAGCCAAAGAACAAUUCUGCUAUUGGCUUCGUUUUGGGUAGUGAAAGGUUGACAAGACAAGUAGACGUUGUUUCCGAAACGGAUUGCCACAGGAAUUUAAAAGCAAAAUAAUUAUGUUCUAAGUUCUGCCUUUUGAAACGAGGAGUUAAAAUAGGAAAUUAACAUGUUUUAAUUUUGCGUAGUACCUGUUACUCUCUGUUUGUUUCUGAAGACAAUUUCAAGCCUUUUGAAGUACAACUCGAAACUUAAAACUCACCGAGGUGGCUUUUUAUGGGUCCCCUCACAGUUAACAAAACAAAACUCUCCAGCAUUUUCAAGUCGCUUGUCGUUCUCAUUACUUUCAUUCUUUCCUUCAGACUAGCUUUUCUAAAAGCGGAGAUGAAACCAUACCACAGAAAGCAACUGGACAGAGUGCGUUAUCUGCUACCAGCAGAACCUUGAACGUUACUCUUCUUGGUGAUGAGUGGGGUUCAUCUGCUGGGGGGUUGUCGACCAUAAACAGAGAGCUUGCUAUUCACCUUUCACAGCAGCCAGGAGUAAUUGUAUCUCUAUUGUGCCCAGAAAAAGCUUGCAGUAGUGAAGAAAUAAGAGAAGCUGAUGCCUAUGGAAUCACCAUUGUUGAGGCGAAAGAACGUGCAGCAUAUGAUCGUCUUGAUUGGUUAAGCAUUCCACCCCAGGACCACUUGAUGGACAGCGUUGUUGGCCAUGGUGUUAAACUUGGUCGGCAAGUACAGUUCAUCAGAGAAUCUGCUCGAUUUCCAAAUUGCAAGUGGGUACAAGUGGUUCACACUGCUCCAGAGGACCUGAGCAGAUACAAAUGCUACAGUGACCCCAUUUCAAAAGGUGAAACAAAACAAGAAUCAGAAGUUGAACUUUGCAAACUUGCUGAUCUUGUUGUACCCGUGGGGCCCAGACUGAAAGAAGCAUACUCUUCAUAUUUACAGCGAUGUAAGACAGAUCAAGACGUUUUGUCCAUUACUCCAGGUCUUUUUCAAAGGGAGUUUGGGGAUUUAGUAGCAAAACAAGAUCCUAAUAAGGAUGGCGAAUUUAAAGUGUUGUUAUUUGGUCGUGGGGAUGAUGAGGACUUUGAACUCAAAGGAUACAACAUUGCUGCCAAGGUAUUUACUGAUCAACGGCUAAGAAACAAACCUUACCAUCUAAUCUUUGUGAGAGCACCUGAAGGAAAACAAGAAGAAGUCAGGGGAAAACUUCUUCAACGUGGUAUUGCCGAAGCGCAGUUAACUGUUAGAAAAUUUAUACAAAGCAGAGAGAAACUGAAAGAUUUGCUGUGUGAAGCUGACCUUGCCAUUAUGCCAUCAAAAUCAGAGGGACUUGGUCUUGUCGCACUCGAGGCCUUGUCUGCAGGUUUACCCAUUCUUGUUGCUAGUAAGUCGGGAAUUGCCAAAGCAUUAGAGAAUGUUCCUCAUGGUCAUACAUGCAUCGUUUAUUCAGAUGAUCCUGCAAAAUGGGCAAAAACAAUUGAAGGUGUUCGUGUUAGGCACCGAAUGCGACUCGAAGAGGUUAAAACAGUAAAAUCAAGUUAUGGAGAAAUGCACAGUUGGAAGGAACAAUGCAAAGCCCUUGUGGAGAGAAUGUGGAAAAUGGUCUAUGGUAAGAGUUGUUGCUUUGAAACUCAUGCAUAAAACAAUGAAUAUGAUUCAUACUAUUUUGUAAAUGUUAGUUUGACUUUUGCCCGUGUGUUCCGAACAUUAUUGCGAUUGGCCACUUAGGUACAAUCUAUUUCAGAUGUUCAUGGUUUUCUUGUCUCUUGUCUUUUCUUGUCUUUUAUUUUAGUAGUGUUGAUGUAAGUUAGUAUUUCAUAGAGCCAUAAACUGUAAAUUUAAACCGUUAUGUCUGUUACAGGUCAAAUUUGUUCUCAGGUUAAAUAUUUUUAACCUAGGUUGAUUCUUGAUUUCCUUUGUCUACUAGGGCUCUUGAGAGUCAACCUACAAUCGCCGACAAAAUGAGUUGAGACACUUCCCCCAAAACUGGGCUUUUUUACGUUUUAUUAAAUUCAAAAGGAGGAAAUAUAGCUUUCCUCCCCCAUCCCCUCCGUGCAAUGUUGUGCCCUUGUUCUAGCUGCCAAUAGAAAACAACAAACACCCCAACUUUGAAUGGAGGGACUUGGGAGGGGUGCGGAUUCUUUUGUUCUCCGAAGUUACCCUAUUUAAGUACCAUGUCUCAACACUUUUGUCGCCGAUUGUAGGUUAAAUCAAAAUUAACCUGGGAUCGAAUUUGACCUGUAACAUGUACGUAAAUGUCCAAUCAUGAAAAGUAUCGCUGAAGUGAUUCAAAUUAGGCACUCCAAAUUGUCAGGGCAAUGAUAUGCCGGCGGCAAUCCAAAAGCACUUGCUAUAUUCCAGAACAUCUAGUGAAUCUUUUGAAGUUAAUAGGAUUCUUUAAAACAACUCUAUUAACUUUGUCUUCAGCAGAAAGAGGCUUUCACCUUUUUUUCCUACAAUGAAAGUGUUUUUAUAACCAACCAACAGGGUCUUCCAAAAAUGGCAACAAGCCCAGAAAUGAAGAGCCACUUGUUGAAGAAACUUCCCGUGCUGAAAAGAGAGCUUAUUUUGCAGCAGGAAGUCAAACUAAAAGUAGCUGUAAGCAUAUUUCAGGUAUGGACAAACAUUAUUUGCUUUCUUUUGCUUCUGCCCUUUGGUAUGAGCAAAGGGUGGGGUGAGAGGCCCACUGAAAAGUGUUUACCGUUUAAUUUGUGGCAGGGAAAAACCACACUGCCCACUGAACUGGGCUGAACCGAACAACUUUAUUUAGACGGGUCACAUCUUCUAAACUGGCUACACGUAGCUUAAUAACCGGGGAAACCUGUGCUAACCUAGAUACUGACGUCUUGUAAUGUUACGGUAAAUCCUCUAUUCUUGGUUUUCACCCAUGUGACCUGCCACUUGACAACGGUUGCUACCCGCCAUGUUGGUUUCCCUCAAACGUAAUCAAAACCAGCUCGAAGAGGUGUAGAUAUGGUUGUUUGCAUUGUUGUUGUCCAUCAUUUGUAAAGAAAAAACCAAGGCGAGGAAUUCGAAGAAACUACUACAGAGAAGAGAAAUCUCUGGAUUUCGGCAGUAAGUCGAGACGAUGACCAGGAGACAUGGUCAUGGCGGAUAAGGGUUUAAUCGUCGUAGACAGAGUUGAUACAAAGUCCUUUCGAUACAAGUUUAUUCAGUUGAGUUGUAAAUAGUUUCACGAACAUGGCGUAAAUAACAAGGAAUAUUCACCCAAAAGUGUUUUCCUUGCACACGCGCAUACUUUACUUGUCAUACUCGAGGUGACCGAAAUGUUUGUGCAAUUUCAAUGCUUGAGUUCGUCUCACAUUUGCAUCCAGUUGAGAAAAAAAAAAACAGAGGGAAAGCAAGUGUUCAAAUCCAUGUAGAGAGGACUAUGGGGUUGCUGUAGCACAGGCAUGCCAUUUUAGAGGGAACAAUUCCAUCAGAUUUUCUUGAUUCAAACCCAAAUGGAUCCCCUUGUACACAGAUCCUGAUGAUCGUAUGGUGAGGGUUUGCUCUGCACUUGUCAAUUUAUUCCCACCAAAUACUUGUCCUUUUUCACUUGCUUUUGACUAGAUCUGUUGUAAUAUAUAGAUUUAGCCAGGGCUAAAAGCGAAGCUCCCAUUAAUAAAUUUAUAAUUUAAAUCAAACAAUAAACUUGUAAUCCACAAAUCAGUUAACUUUAAGGGAAAGCUAAGGCUAAGUGAUUUUAGAGUGAAAUAAAAAAUCUUACAUCGAAUUGAUAGCCGUAUAUAUACACCCAAAAAAUAGCAAUCAUCUUCGAUCACAUUUUAGAGCCAUAGUGGCUCUUGAUCACAGUAGAUUAGGCAUGGAAAACGAAUUUUUGGAAAACAAAUCAGGCCGAAUUUUUUGCUUUCGACAAGUUUACUUAACAAAAACUUGCCAACAACUCUGGGAGCGUGUAAACCAACAUUUCAUACUUUUUAUACAUCACAUCUGAAACAGUGAUAUGAGGCGUUGUUUUUAUCAUAUAGACCUCAGACAAAAUGCAGUAUUUCACAACUUUUCAAGACAAAUUGCACUCAUUCAAUAUUCAGAACCGUACGAAGCACUCGUGGGCUUUUAGCAAAACCGUUCAAAAAAUUUCCAAAAUUAAUACGGCCAACUGCUUCUCACUUUUGACAAGCGCCAAAUUUUCAGUGAACAUUAAACGAGUUACGCUUCAACAUAAUUAAGAAUUUAUUGUGUUUAUUUUUUCUAUUAAAUGGUUUUUUAUAACGAUGUGCAAUCUUAAAAAGCGUUUAAUACGAGCAGCAUUUUGAGUACUCCUGCAAGCGUUGUUUAUGAACGACUGAAAACAAACUGCAAAGCGAUUAAAAUUGUAAGAGACUACUAACAAUCAAUAAAAGAAAUGUAAUUCGGUGAAACAUUUACAGAGACAACAAUUUUCAUUCACGAAGACAAGUAUUAAAGCGUCUCUAAAAACUGAGUCUUUAAGCUUAAGCUUAAAGCUUUUAGCCGGCUUCCUGGUGUUUACUGUUUCCAAAGAUGAACUCGAGGCAAGAAGACCGCUCAAAGCUUUCUUUCUACAGCCAAAAUUAUAACUAAAUACUCUUCGGAAAGUUUUUCGUUCUAUAUGCGGAGAGAAAAUAUCGACUAAAGGCUUUUUAAAGUUCUGUAAGCUUAUAUAUACUAGAUUAUAUCAUUGUCUCAGAUCUUAACACAAACGUGCAUAAAUUAGCCUGAUAAACUGCGCUCGACUUCAUGAAAUUAGAUAUAAAAAAACAAACAUACACUGUAUACAAUAAUUACUUAGGCUUACCAUUCGAGAUGCAGCUCUUGAAAGCUAUAAAGUAAGGCCAGAAUCGCUUGAGGGACUUUUCAACCCGCAUCCAGCAAGGUAAAAACGAAAGCGAUGCAUCCGAAAUCGGAUUUCCAACUUUGGCAACCGGCGCAUUUCCCGACCAAAAAUUAAAUAAACAAACCAGCCAUGAAUCAAAGAAGACUGUUGAUAGCAGAUGUAUUUCAUUUUAAGCAUCCAGUGGAAAAAGACAGUAAAAAACAUCACAAGUUGACAAAAUACUCUGUCAGCUUCAGCUGUCAAACUGAAAGUAAACAAGGUUCAAGAUGCUGUAUAAAUUUUCUGCAUGAACUCACCUGUCAAAUUUUGACCAAUCAGAGCAUAAAAAUUGGACGGUCGUAGAGCGUGAUCAACGCGUGCCUAUGGUGAGAAAAGUGAAAAGCCUCUGUCUUCCCUGCUUGUAUUUUUAAAUGACUGGCUGAAUUUUCGAGUCCGAGAUCAGUUUGAAAUCAAAAUAGGGAGUUUAAGAUACGGAGACUACGGACUACGAACUACGGCUGGACGAGCGUUGUCGUUUGUUUGUAGCACUGGGUUGAGUCGUGCAAAUAUAGAACGUUAAGAUUUCACUAUAGACGGUAGACUACGAGAGAAGAGGCGGAGAAGGAAACAACACGCAAAGAUUUUCUUGUUUUCAUCACAGUUCACAAAAAUGCAAGUCAGUUUUGCAUGUGAUCUUAUCUUUAGAACAAUGAACAAAUUCUCCCAUACUUGAAGGAAGCAAUUACGUACAAGUCGAUUCGCGUACAAGUUGAUUCGCGCUCGGGUGAAAUUGAUAAACAAAGUUUUGGUUGCACAGGUUUUAUUUUUUUUCGCCCAUGAAUACUUAUGUAAACUAUUAAAGAAAUUAGACAGAAAUAGUAAUAGCUCAUUUAUUAGAUUUAGAAGAUGGAUUUCUCCGAGCACUGAUCUGAUGUAGUUUGAAGUAUUGAAAUGCCGAGUUUCGAUUGUCUCGAAGAUGUUUACAUCAUUUUCAUUCAGCAAAUGCGACUACAAAAACUCGCAUAAACAAAGGUCACACAAGUAGAAAGACACACUAAUCAGUUCGAACAAACAUUGAAACUUUUCAAGUGCGAAGAGAAAGUAAAUUACCUGCAUGAUUUCUCUUCUCCUCGGCCAUCAAUCUGAAUUCUGCGUAUAAAAAAGCUAAGCUCCUUUAAAUAUGAGCUUAGCUCGAUAAAAAUGUAGUCACAACGGUGGAUUAAAAGCGUAAAUCUGAGCAGAAAUUAGGCACAACUUACAAAAUUCGCUUCCCCCUCGCUUAAAGCAGGUGAAUUGAAAACUUUCUUACGAAAAGACGAGAUUCUUGAAUUACCGGGACGGCAAAAUACGAGCAAAAUGUUCUCCGUAGUCCCGACAACGCGAAACAGCUCAACAACUCACCGUAGCCGCAGGACUACGCGGGAAAAAUAAACAGUCACGUGGUCUUGAUCAUGCGCAGUAGCAUGUUUAAACGUAGUCGUAGUCCGUAGUCGCGGUAUCUUAAACUCCCUAAUGUUAAUGGCGCGGGGCCAUAGUGACACUAACACAACACUUUCUGUCAUCAUGUCAUUAUUUUGCUGCCGUUCUCUUUGCCUUUGCAGGGACUUUAAGAUCCAACGACGCGACGGCGACAAGAACGUCGCUUAAAAAGUGAAUUUGCGUUCUUUCAGUCUUUAUAGCGAUUAUUCCUACCCACUUACUUUGUCAACUGUAGGCGAACCCUCCUGAAGCUGAAUUUCAAGGGACCAAAGUCAAGCUCAGAAAGAGAAAUAAAAUUUCGUCGUUGCUUGUUUACGUCCUCCAUAAAACGCGAAAUGAGGCAUUUUCACGUCGUAGUCGUGCAAAAAUGGGAAAGAAAUGUACAAAAAAGUGUGAUGCACGUGCGAAGUUGUUGUUUUGCUAAUUAAACCAAUUGUUUUUUUGACGUUCUCGUUGUCGUCCGCGUCGUUGGAUCUUAAAGUCCCUUGUAUUUCUCUUUCGCGUUGCCUUUGUCUGUUCAUUCUAGCUCUGUCUCGUUCUACUUGCCGGCGUUUUCACUAUAAUUUUCUCUCCUUCUUCUCGCUCUGACUCUUUCUACUUGCUUUCUUUUUUUCAAAACCAGUUGCGCGAUAUAAUUGCGCGAGGUUGCGCCAUGCGAUUUCGCGCCAAAAAAAUCUCUAGUUUCCCCUACCCCAAGAGUCCAUGCGGACUACUUUCCACUACCCGGAAAGUCCGUACGGACGGACGUACGCUACGUCAUAACCAAAUUUUCUGGGAUGGAUAGUUUACCAAAUUUUCUUACCCAUGGUGCUCCCCUGCGCGCGUGCGAAGCGCGCGCGGGAGCUUCGCUAUUAAGUCUCAGAAAAUAUUCAUGCUCCCGCAAAGAGGGUUUUGUUUUUUUUUUUUACCCUAGAUAUUAAGUUCAUAUUUUCUUGGGCCUGAAAUUUUCUCUUUAAAUCGCUUUCCCACCUCUAAUUUCCAAUGACGGCCUCAGUGUUAGGAGAAUGGAUACUUUCUGGAUCUUUCAUUUCCAGUCGCAUACUUUUCAAGAAAGCAAAGUAGGAUUUGCUAGUCUUGUUCUCAAGGGUUUUCGUUGGGGAGCCCUCACUGUGACUUUGCUGUUCAGUCAAUUCCCCCAGUUUUAUUAAAAUAAACUGUUUCUUCUUCCUGGGUCUUGUGAUAUAUAGAGGUGAUUCUAUUGUCCCGGGAAAAUACCAAGGAGGGCAAGAAAAGUUAAGAUCAUUUAAGAGCCAAUGUCUGUAAUUUUCGAGAAUCGGUUGACAGUCGUGAAUUUUUGAAUUUCUUCAUAUUUUGCCCAAAUAAUCUCUAUAGUACACUUAUUUCAAAAAUCACAGUAAAACUUGUAACGGCUUUUUAUUUUUUCCUGAAUCGGGCAAAGUUUGAAAAACGCUAAAUCGGCGCUCUUUCGAGUAUGAAAUUAGCGAAAAUUAAGCAUUUUCUUGGCGCUCGUACAUAUAAACGGGAUGAUAUCUCUCAAUGAAAUCAAGUCACAAAGCAAACACAGACUUGUACUUUAUAAUUCAGCAGUUAUCUUCAGAUAAGCUGUUUAAAUGUGACUGUGUCGGCCGCAAGAAGAAACACGAUUUCGGCUCUUUACAAAAAUGGCAAAUUUGACCUAACUUCACCAUCGAAAAAACCCAAUUGGUACAUAGAAUUUCAACAUGAAACAAACACUAUUUUAAAGUACAUUUUUUGCCGUUUCUUGUGUUAAAAAAGUUUUGGCGGCAUUACAAAAGUGCGUCGCUGAGACACCGAAACGUGCAGGGUAGUUUCGCACGUUAGAACGCUGCAACAAACUAGCCGCAAGUGUAAGCAUACAAACGUUUUUGCAAACUUAACUUCUUUUACAAGAGGCACAUUACGGGAAGCUCUUAAAAUCUUUUGAAAAACACUUUUCAAUUUGAUGGUAAUAAAAAAGAACUAAGUAGAUUAACCCUGCAUUUGAUUGCACGCAAGUAGCUGAAAAGGACAGCACUGCUCUGGCUGCUAAUUUCGUGUUGAAUGUAAAUAUUGACCUCGAGUUUCUGCACCUAAAAUAAAGCCGCUAGAAACGGCUUGCUAGCUCUAAAUGAGAUACGAGAUCUAUAAGAAUUUAUUUACCAGUCGUUUCAACUGCAAGUAGCCGCAGUUUACUGAAAUCUUCCGUCGUUUAGCCACGGACUAAACCCUGUGUUGAGUGAUGAAAGCCCGUGUGUGAUUUGAGUCUUGUCACGCAACUGUACAGACAAGGAUAAAUCAUCGCACGAGUGUUUUUAUAUCUUAUAUUCCCCAAAACAGGUCGAACUAAACUUGAUUUUAGGAUGCACAAGCCGAAACUUAAACAGAGAAAGAAAACAAAUAGAGUAGGCCGAGUCUGCAAAACGUUUCACACUAGUUUUCUUUUCAUUGCACUUAGCCUUCUGAGCCUUUGGUUUUUAUUAACUAAUCUUAACCCCGCUUGGCGUAUAGACUUCUCUAUCGAUCACCUCAGUAUGAAUUGAGGGAUUUAGGUACACACGUACGCCAUAUGCAGCAUGAAGGUAGAGCAGCGAAAUGGAAACGAGUAAAAAACUGGUUUAAGAAAAAUUGUCCAAUGCUCCGCAAAAGAACAUUCCUGAAAAACCACAAAUCGACAAUGGACAAUGGACACAUUUAAUGAGCGAAAUACAAGUAUUUAACAUGUUUAAAUUACUGAAAGUAGUAUUGCUUUGCUCCUCUGCAGCAAGGGUAUCUUCUGGCUAGACCUCAACCUGCUGUUGACGAUCUGAUCUGACCAGAAUGCACGUACAUGCUAGCUCCCGCCUAAAAAAAGGAAUAGUCACCUGGCUCUCUCCGCCACCACCCCCCGGCACUUGUUCGCAGGCUAGAAAAUAAACCAAUUCACUGACAAGUUCUUUUUCAUAACGUCAAAAUCCGUCGCCUAAAUGAAAAAAAUGCUUUAAAAUGUCUCAGCCAUUUUACUUAUCAUCUUUUAACCAAAUCAGAAAAUAGCCUUUCAUAUCGAUUUAAAAUUUCAGAUGGAGAAUGCCCUUUUCGCUAGGUCUGCACCAGCAGAGACCUGUGUGCUGAAACUCCUUCGUGGUGGUAUCCCUCAGGCAAAAACGACUGCCUAGCAGCGAAGGGCGAGGGGAGAAGUCCGUGGCCAUUUUCGAAAAGAAAAAGAAGUGUAAAGACUACACCUUCGUCGCUCAGAAAACGUCUGCGUAUAUCAUUUUCCUCAGGCCGCGCAGAGUCAUUAAUUAAUGUGCCCUUACGGACCCCUUUUAAAGGAGCAGACAGUAGGCGGUUCUGGAACAGUACAACGUGAUUUGUGCUCCGCCACCCGAAACCAAACAUUUAGCAGUGGUGAGUAAAAACUUCUAUUUUCACGCGCCAAUUUUGUGGAUCAAACAAAGUCUGCUAGCUUUAAGUGGAGUGAUAUUGUAUGUGUACCAACCCACCUAUCUCCUCCUCUUGCCCUAGCUAAACUUAAACAAGCUAAGUAGACUUUUCAUGACGUUAGCAUAGUCACCUGAGACCUCUUGUAAAGUUCACUAAAAUAAUAGCAAGCACUUUCGUAGCCUGUUCACAGACCCCCUACUUUUUCUUUAGAGAUCGUCGAUCUAUUUUCUCUUUGAUCGUCGAUUUUCGCAUAUGAAAAUAAAAACCGCAUGGGAUUUAUUGACUAUUAGCACAAGGAGAUCUCUCUCGCGCGCUCGCUUCGCUUGCGUGCUCGUCUAUUUCGAAACGAAAAAGGAGUGUAAAAGCUGCACCUUCGUCGCUCAGAAAACGUCUGCGUAAAUCAUUUGCUUCAGGCCAUACAGAGUCAUCAAUCAAUGUGCCUUUAUGGACCCCUCUAUGAGCAGCCAGUAGCCUGAUCUAGAACGAUACCACGUGAUUUGUUGCACCGCCACCCAGAACCAAACAUUUAGCGGUGGUGAGGAAAAACUCCUAUGUUCAUGCGCCAAUUUCGUGGAUCAAACAAAGGUCACCUAACGUAAAUGCAGAAAACCUUACUUCUAUCAUUAACAUACUCACGUGACUAACAAGUCAGGAGCAUACCAAGUGAUUCACGACAUCUUUUCUAUGAUCGCAAUACUACAUUCAGCAUUACUGGGGCCACAGGCGCCACAAACCAAGUUUGAAUAUGUGCGAGAUGCUAUACGAACAUACAACAAAGACUUGCACCGUAAAACACGUAUACCAGCAAUUUCUUUUCCGGCGCGUUACGCGUCACGCACUUCCGGAAUGUUAUCUUCCCUCGUGUUGACAGAACAUACACAAACUUAACUUUGAAUCUGCCUUGAUGCAGAAUUUAGAUCAAUUUAGUUGGCGGUACUGUGACCCCGUCUAGCAUUUAAGUUCAGGUAAGUAAAAAAACUUUUCUGAUUUUAAGGUUUCAAUAAGAUUAAAACUAUAACAAGCGAGUAUUUUGACAAUAUUCCUCUCUACGAACUUUGAUUUGAACUGCGUAUUCGUGUCUCUUCAUUAUGGUUUAUCGCAAAAAUCAGUUGAAAGGAAUCAUGUUAAACCGAACAGAACGCCGAAAUAUAAUCUGAAACCGUUACAACUCUGACUAGGGUUUAAAUGUCGAAGUAACUUAUGUUUGCAAAGGAUUAAUAUUCCAAGCGUCGAAACUUGCUUGUUGCACGCGCUUUCCUGGUGUCAAAAUACCCUUCAGGUUUUGGUCUCUCGACGGUGCGCAUUUGGAAUGCCGCCAGAAAUAUUUUAACACAAACAACAGCAAAGGAUAUGCUUUAAUACAGUUUAUGUUUCAUACUGAAAUUGCAUGUACCAAGUGGGUUUUUACGAUGGUGAAGUUAGAUCAAAUUUGCCAUUUUUGAAAAGUGCUGAAACCGUCUUUCUUCUUGCGGCCGGUACAGUCUCAUUUAAACGGUUCAUUUAAAGUUAAUUGCUGAAUUAUAAAGUAAAAAUGUGUGUCUGUUUUGUGACUUGAUUUCAUCUGGAGAUAUUAUUCCGUUUUUAUGUACGAGCGAGGAGGAAAAUGCUCAAUUUUCGCAAAUUUCAUACUCGAAAGAGCGCCGAUUUAGAGUUUUUCAAACUUUACCUGAUUCCUGAAAAAAUAAAAAGCUGUUACAGAUUUUAAGGUGAUUUUUGAAGUUAGUGUACUAUAGAGAUUAUUUGAGCAAAAUAUGAAGAAAUUCAAAAAUUCACGACUGUCAACCGAUUCUCGAAAAUUACAGACAUUGGCCCUUAAGAAGUUAUUCGCUGGGAGAGCGCAUGUGCCCAGCUACAGCUAAAUAACUGUUUCCAUUCCAAAAGAUAACUUGAAGCGCUUUUAGCCUGUGUACAACCGCCCCCUCCUCGCAAACAAAAUUAGACUUCGAGCAGUCUCUCUUGUUCUUCAGGUUUCGUGAGAGGAGUGCACGCGCGCGCGCGCGAGCGUCAAGCCCGUCUCGCGCCUUCAGUCUCGCGCGUGGUCUUUUUACUGUCUUUCGAGUUUCGCUGAAUGGACUGAGAAAAAAAGAGAGACUGCUCGUAGUCUAAAGCAAAAUCGGCAAGAGAGACGUCUAUGUGCGUCGUUAAUCAACUUCUGGUUUCCCUGGAUUGUCAGGGAAAGCUCUGAUUAGCUGUCAUGUUGAUACCGUGACGUAAUCUCCCAGGAUAUAAACUUUAGCAUGUCUCCCCAAGUUUGUUUGAGGGGAGGGGGUGGAUAUACACAGAGUCUAUAAGGGGACACCUCGGGGCUUUAUCAGCUGUCCGUCUGCGAGGGUGCACGCAAUCUACUACCAACACCUGGACCUGGACCUGUCUUGACUGCUUGGAUCAAGUAAAACAGCUACCGUUCGCAGAUGUGAGCAAUUUUGACACAAGUGGCAGCUCGGUUGAUAUAAACAAAGAACGCGAUACUCAGUUGGACAUUUGGUCUUCUUUUGUUGCAAUGGCAAACAACAUCCAGCUAAUACCAAGAUUGGGCACAUUAACGCAAAUAGAAUUACUGGCUUUAGAUUCUAUGAAAUUAGAAGUUGGCUAAUGUCUGGAAGGUUUGACAUACUCCUCAUAACAGAGACAAAAAUAGAUGCUACCUUGAGCAAUAGUCAGUUUAAUGUGGAAGGAUUUCGUAUGUAUCCUGUCGAUAGAAAUGCUCAUGGUGGUGGGAUGAUGAUCUUCAUAAGGAAUGACAUCUGUUUUCAUGUCGUUACACGUUUCAACAUAGACAUGUCAAGUUUUCGCACCGAAUCCAUGUUAUUGAAAGUCAAAAUGAAUAAAUCUUGGUUUGCUAUCGUCGGCAUCUACAGACCUCCUAAUAUCCGAAAAAGCCAGUGGAAACUUGAAGUUAGUGCUACUUUUGAAGCUGUAACAACGAUUUCAAAAGACACUAUUUUGUUGGGUGAUUUGAACUGUGAUGUGAUGGAACCAAACUGGCAUCCUUUGGAUUGACGGGAUUUAUGUGAUUUAUUGGACAUUUAUAACCUAAAGAACCUAAUCACAUCACCAACUAGAACGACAGAAAAAACAACAACAACGUCGACCUCAUUCUUACAAACAACAAGAAAAGAAUACUAUCAUCGGGCGUAGUUGGUGUCUAACUCAGUAAUCACUCCCUCGUAUACACAAUUUUAAAACUCUCCGCACCCAGAUUUCUAUCUCGAAAAAUUUGCGUGAGAAGAUUUGAAGUUUGACAGCGAUGCUUUCCUACAAGAUUUGCACAAUGCUCCUUUCAAUUAUAAUGGAAUUUUUCCAUGAUGUAAGCAAUAAAUUAUUUGCAUUUGAAUCGCUGUAUUUAGAUAUUAUAAGUGAGCACGCAUCUCUAAAGCAAUUCCAAUAAGUGUUCGCUAGUCCUUAAGCGCCUUCAAGGAAACUGCCCCAGGUACAUGUAUGACCUUCUUAAAUGCAAUGCAGAUUUACACACGCAGUGGGCGGUACAGUGCCUUAAACCUCGUCUGCCCCAGAUAUAAUCGUGAAUCUGAGGGAGGGAGAACUUUUAGCGUGUCCGCGACCAGGCUCUGGAACUCUCUGCCCAUUAACUUUAAGAAAGGAACAUGUGUAACCUCAUUUAGAAAGGCUAUUUAUAGUCAUUUUUAACGAGAUACAAUGACGUUGAUGAUUUUAGCUUAAGUGAAACUUAAUUUUAUUUCUUAGUUUUAUGCUAAUCCGGCAUUUCACAACCUCCCUCUCGCUUUACCCAUCCUAGUUGUAUUCUUAUUGUAAUUAUAGUUUGUAGAUAUUCAUUGUAAGGAUAUUUUAUAUUGUAAUAUAGUUUUUAUUCUUUUUAGUCUUAUUCGUAAAUAUAUUUAUAAUUCUUUUUCUUUAACGAUAUGUAUUUUGUUUGAUAAUUUUAGUUUGAGGGCCACUAGUUAUUCAGUUGAAGUACUGUCCCGUGUUACCCUCGUUAAAUAAAGUUGAUUAUUAUUAUUAUUAUUAAGUACCGUUCAUGAAUGAACAAUGGCGCAAAGCCAUUCGGCAUAGAAACAACCUGUGGAGAAAGUUCACUCACGAUCGCACUGAUGGUCCGACGCCCUUAACAAAGAAAAAAGGAAUAAAUGUACUUCGCUGCGACGAAAGGCAGACAAGGCGUACUUUCUCAAUUAAUCGGAAACAGCAAACUCAAAUGAUUUUUGGAAUGCUUAUCGUCCGUUUGUUCAGCCAAAGAUAAACUAGAGCUUUUGAAUAAACGCAUUUUGAGAUUUAUAUUUAAGGAUGUAAAUUCUAGUUAUAACGAGUUGCUAAAGAAGGCUAAGAUAACAUCUUUGUACAGAGGAAGAAAUCACAAAAUGCUUAUUGCAAUGUUUAAAAGCUUGGUUUGUCUCUGCGUAUCCUAAUUGUGUUAAGGAACUGUUCUCUCUUCGCAGCUCCAAGUAUUAUUAUAUUUUAAGAGGGAAUAAUGCACCAAGCUUACCUGAACCUAGGACAACCACUUAUGGACUCGAGUCCAUCAAGUUCGAAGCUGAAAAGCUCUGGAACUCAGUUACAGACGACAUGAGACUAACAAUAUCAAUCGAAGACUUUAAAAAGUCCUUAAUGACCGAGUGCAUGGAUCUCGCAAAGUGAUAGUCACUAUUUUGGCAUCUGAAUGGGGAUCAAGUAAUGAGGCUUUCCACCGUAAACAUAGAAUUAGCCAUUCAGUUAGCCAAGUUCCCUGAAGUGAAAAUCACUUUCUUUUCACCAAAAUGUAGUCAAGAGGAUAGAAAGAUAGCCCUUGAACACAAAGCAAAGAUCGUGCAGGCGACGCCUCUGCCGCCUGCCUUUGAACAACUGGAUUGGUUUUUCUUUCCGCCGAAAGAUUUGCAAAUCGUCGUUAUCGUAGGUCAUGGAGUUAAACUCGGUAAACAAGCACAAGUCAUUAAAGACCGUAAAACGUGCAAAUGGGUUCAAGUGGUAUACACAGGCCCAGAGGAAGUUGGCAUGUUUGAAAGGUCAAUUUCAAGGGGUGAAGAAAGGCGCAACACCGAAGUAAAACUGUGUGAAAUGGCUGAUCAUGUUGUUGGAGUUGGACCCAAGUUGAACCAGACCUUUCGCUCAUAUGUUUCUAGUUGUAAUAAUGAUGGUAAUGUCUUUAAUUGACCUCACCCCUAGAGUAUUUAAAGAGUAUGAGGCUGUAAAGCAAGUCAGUCAUAGCUUUAGGCAACAACACGGAGUCUUGGUGUUUUCGAGACGCAGAAGAUUUUGAAUUAACGGGAUUUAACACCGCUGGGAAAGCAAUUGCUGCGUUAGAAGAUACUCGUCUUACGUUUGCAGGAGCAUCGGAUGGAAAACACGAAGAAAUGUGUGGUGUUCCUGCGAGGCGAUUAAAAGUAAAAGUAUUUGUUCAAGACCAAGAGGGUUUAAAGCACUUAUUGCAACAAGUGGAUCUUGCAGUCAUGCCUUCAUCAGAGGGCUUUAUUUUAACAGGACUCGAGGCAAUGUCAGCUGGUCUCCCCGUGCUUGUCAGUCACAACUCUGGUUUUGGAGAAGCACUGAGUAGUGUAGCUUUUGGUUCAGCAUUUGUGAUCGAGUGAGAGGACCCCGCAACCUUAGCCAUCCCGAAUAUUUGGUCCAAGGACAGGCAAUGUCGGCUUGAGGAAGCGGUGACCUUGCGUGAUUCCUAUGCCAGGAAAUACAACUGGGCCAAACAGACAAAGGAGUUCGUUGACAGGAUGAUCAACCUGGUUGGAAUGUCGAUUAUGUUUUCUUCAAUGGUACAUUACCAGGAAAUGAUGGAAAAACAAGACAAACAAAAAUGCGAUCCCUUUCAAGUUUUGUCUUUAAAUCUUGCAAAAAGGCCCACGAAUUCCUGUCUGUAUGGCUGAUAUCAGGAAAACUGUAACGUUUUUAAUUUCUUUAGGUAUAUUGUUUUCAGCGGAAUGGUCUAUGGACUAGGUAUGUAGCAUGCGUAGCAGUCAUUUCUGUCUGCUUUUAACCAAGCGGGAGAUGCGCGGGGGGCGCGCGAGAGCGAGAAAACGUUAGGGAUGGGGUAGGACUUAGAAUACCGGCAGCUGAGCUUCUUUUCCGGGAAUACACAACCGGGGAAUGGGCCGUACACCUUGAAUUGACUGGGUCUUAAGUUUUAAAGAAAUUAUUGUGAAAAUAACCAAUCUUUAUUUAAGUAUCAGAGCAAUAAGUAAUAAUUAAAAUUUUAAAUUAUCUCGUAUUGUUUACAAAUUGAAAACUAAAUAUAUGUCCUCGAUAGAAAACUAUUUACAAUUGUGAAUAAUUUAAAAGUGGGAAAAGGAAAAUCAAGCAUUACUAAAAAAAAAACUAUCAAAUAUCUGGGCCUAAAAUUAUGAGUGCAGAUGUAGACCAGCUUCAGCGAAAGUGAAGUCUUCUGAGACCUCACGUGAUUUGAAUGGAUAUCUUAAUUGAACCUCUGACGCAUCUGUGUACAGUUCUUAAUGUAGCAAAUGAGAGCUGUAUUCGAAGCCAGGAAACAAAGCUGGCGUAGGGUUCAUUGUUCUUAGUCGAAAGCUUAUUUGCGAUUGUUUAUUAUAUGAAUCUACUAGUUUGAAUUCAAAAAAAUUAUUAUUGUAACCAAAGUUUGCUUACGCAGAGCCUGUUAUGGAAAAUGACAACAACCCAAGAACAAAGUCUUAUGACGACAAGCAGCUUGUUGCUUCAGGA